UAAUCUGAAUUGGGAAUUCGAGUGCUAGAUCGGGUUGGAAUAAAGUGAUUAGUGUUCCGUCUGUCUUGUCUUCUCUCUCUCUUUCGUGCUUGCCAGCCAAUCAGGGACAGAAUAGUUUUCGUCUCUCUACCCCUAUUUCGAACUCACGCAUAUUGGCCUCAAGGUUAAGCCAGUCAAUCUAUCGUGUCAAGGUCUUAAUCUACAUUAUACUCGGCACUAAGUGGGAACACAGAUUCAAGGACGUAACAAAAGUGGCGACGGAGAUUUUUUUUAUAUUUUGAAAUAUUGACUGAUCCAAAUCAAAAUGUCUGUUUCUUUGGACGACCUUAAAACUAUUCUACAAAUCCAGCAAGCUCAGAACCACAAAUGCCACCAAUGUCAUCGCAUUGGUCAUAAAGAAGGUUACUGCUCAUCAGAUAGACGUCAGUCCAAACAUCGUGGCGUAAAGGUGAAGCGACAGCCACAGAGCCAAGUCAAAAGCACAUUUGCAACUUUUAAAGUGGGAUUUCAAAGUAAACGGAAGUAUGUGAACUUAUUAGUGAAUGAAAAACCUAUUCGUCCUCAGUUAGACACUGCUUCCGACAUUACACUGAUCUCCAAGAACACAUGGCGUAAGCUAGGGUGCCCACGCAUCCGACCAACAGAGCAUGUUGCUCGAAAUGCUUCAGGCGACAUAGUGAAGCUAACUGGAGGAGUCACCUGCAACGUGCAGUUCAAGGAACAUAAAUUCACUGACGUUUGUUAUCUAACAAAUCGGCAUGAUUUAGAUCUAUUGGGAUUGGACUGGAUUGAGAAGAUUGAUGUCUUAAAUAAUUUAUUAAAUGAAGUAUGUUCUCAUAAUCCUUGCUCUAAUUCUAUCCAAAAUUCUCAUGAUAUUUCCGAAUCAAAUGCCUCAGUUGUGUUAUGUUCCCCUGAUGUUUAUGAACUAAAUGCUUCCGAUGUAACAUGUUCUCGUAAUAUUUCGGAAUCGAAUUCCUCCGUUUUAAUGUGUUCUCAUAAUGAUGUCAAAUCAAAUACCUCCGAUUUGAUGUGUUCUCAUAAUGAUGCUAAAUCAAAUAACUCCGAUGCAACAUGUUCACAAAAUGUUCCCCCAUCAAAUUCGUCAAACAAAGUAUGCUGCCGUAAUAUCUCAAAAUCUCAUGCAUCUUAUUCCUCUAAAAUGUCGACCACAUCCCAUGUAAAUCAUCUUCGGCAAAAACAUGCAGAUGUAUUCCAAAACAAACUGGGCUGUUGUAAUUUCACCAAAGUUUUCUUGUCGUUAAAGCAAAACGCAAAACCUGUCUUCAGACCAAAACGACCAGUACCUUAUGCUGCUCUGUCAGUCGUUGACCAGGAACUUGACAGGUUAGAAGCACUGGGUGUCAUUCAGCCAGUAAAUUACUCACCAUGGGCUGCUCCUAUAGUAGUUGUAAGAAAGGCGAAUGGGACUGUUCGCAUAUGUGCUGAUUUUUCCGCUGGUCUAAAUGAUGCUUUAGAGGAUCACACCUAUCCACUUCCCAUACAGGAAGAUUUAUUUAUCAAACUAAAUGGAGGGAAGUAUUUUGCUAAGAUUGACCUUGCUGACGCAUAUCUCAAAUAGCAGUUGAUCCAGUCUCCCAACCACUAAUGACGAUUAACACUCACAGAGGUCUUUAUCAAUAUAAACGUUUGCCUUUUGGUGUGAAACCAGCACCAGCUAUUUUUCAACAAAUUAUGGACACUAUGUUGGCAAAUUUGCCAGGAGUCGCUGUCUAUCUGGAUGAUGUUAUCGUUACAGGUUCCAGUAAGUCCGAUUUAUUUGAUCGACUUGAUGCUGUUUUGACCAAAAUAUCUGAGUAUGGAUUUUAUCUAAAAGAAGAGAAGUGUGAAUUUUUCAUGGACUCGGUAAAAUAUCUUGGUUUUGUUUUCGACAAAAAUGGACGACGCCCAGAUCCAGAAAACGUACGAGCUAUCCAAAAUAUGCCUCCACCAUCUAACGUCGCAACUCUACGCUCGUUCCUUGGUCUUAUCAGUUAUUACAGUAACUUUUUACCAGAAUUGCAUCGCCUCCGAGCACCCAUGAACCAUCUAUUAUCCAAAAAUGUAAAAUGGAACUGGUCCACUGAGUGUCAAAAGAGUUUUGACAAAGUAAAGUCACUAUUAAUAUCGGACCUACUUCUUACGUAUUUUGAUCCCUCACUGGAAAUCGUUGUUGCCGCAGAUGCUUCUGAUUAUGGUGUCGGAGCUGUUAUAUCCCACAGGUUUCAAGACGGUACAGAGAAAGCUAUAGCCCAUGCCUCCAGAACGUUGACUUCGGCAGAACGCAAGUACAGCCAAAUUGAGAAAGAAGGAUUGGCACUAGUUUUUGCAGUUAAGAAGUUUCACAAAAUGCUGCAUGGUAGAAAAUUUACCUUAUUUACUGAUCAUAAACCCCUAUUAUCGAUCUUUGGAUCUAAGAAAGGUAUACCAGUUUAUACUGCAAAUCGCCUCCAACGAUGGGCUACAAUGUUGUUGGGUUAUGAUUUCACUAUCAAAUACAAAUCUACCUCUGACUUUGGUCAUGCUGAUGCACUAUCGCGCUUAAUAAGAAAUCAUAAGCUUGAAAAUGAAGAUACUGUCAUUGCUUCUAUAUCAGUGGAAGAAGAUGUAAGCAGCAUGUUGCUCAAUUCAACGCGAAUUCUUCCAGUGACAGCUGCUCGAAUCGCUGAUCACACUCUCCGUGAUCCUAUCUUAAGGCAACUAGCUACAUUUAUCCGGCGUGGUUGGCCCCCACGUAUAACAUCUCAUGAACUAAAACAGUAUUAUCAACGACGCCAAUCUUUAUCCAUCGUAAAUGAUUGUAUUAUGUUCGCUGAUCGCGUAGUAAUUCCAAGUAACCUACGCCCACUCGUUCUGAAACAACUGCACACAGCUCAUCCAGGUAUUGGAAGAAUGAAAGCUAUUGCUCGAAGUUAUGUAUACUGGCCUAACAUUGAUGAACACAUCGAAGACUUAGUGCGUGCGUGCAGAAAAUGUGCUGCAGCCUCGAAAUGUCCACGGAAAGCUGAACUCAAUUCUUGGCCAUCCCCGAAAGAACCUUGGUCGCGUAUACACAUUGAUUUCGCCGGCCCAUUUCAAGGUACAUAUUUCCUCAUUUGUGUCGACGCCUACUCAAAGUGGCCAGAGAUUCUACCCAUGAAGCAAAUCACGUCGCAAGAGACUAUUAUCGAGUUACGGCAGUUAUUCUCUCGUUUCGGAGCCCCAGAUAUUCUCGUGUCAGAUAAUGGCACUCAGUUUACUUCUUCCAUUUUCUCCGACUUCUGCAACAGGUUUGGGGUCAAACAUGUUCGUUCACCUCCAUACCAUCCACAAUCAAAUGGUCAAGCAGAAAGGUUUGUGGAUACCUUCAAAAGAGCGCUACUGAAGGCAAGGGGGGAAGUGAAGAUAAAGGAAAUUCUUGAUGAUUUUCUGUUAGUCUACAGAACGACUCCAAAUCCAUCAGCGCCGAAUAAAUUGUCUCCAGCAGAAAUUAUGUUUGGUAGAAAAGUUAAAACUGCUCUCGAUGCCAUAAAACCAAAGCAAAAUGGUGUAGGAAGAAGAAACCAGAAGAUGGAAUCUCAAUUUAAUCGUCACCAUGGGGCGAAAAGUAGAAUCUUCCGAGAUAAUCAAAAAGUAUAUGUCCGUGAUUUCCGAUACUCACCUCCACAAUGGACCAGUGGACGCAUACUUGGGAGACGAGGGAAUGUAAUGUAUGUGGUAGAGGUUGAAGGCCAAAAGUGGAUACGUCACGCUAACCACAUACUGGAAAGUUCUGGUACUCCUCAGAAAACCGAGAAAAUGUGCUCAUUGUGGGAAAUCUUCCUGGACAGUUUCGACAUAGGAAGUCCAGCAACUAAGAAAACUGUACAACUGGAACAACAUCCUAUUAGGAGAUCACAACGGAAACGCAGAAGGCCCGAUAUACUGCAGGUGGACCCGAAGAGAAGAGCAUAUACUUCUGAGGGGAGAUAUCAGUGAUGUUAUCUUAGCUACUGUGUGUAAUUAGUGUCUAACCGUUUUCUUUUUUUUUGUUUAUUCCAGUUAACCCAAUCAGUCACAACCACAACGCAAUCCAGUUUUCCUUUAUGCACUCAGUCAAUGGCAGUGAUGACAUAACUUUUUUUUGUCAAGGGGGAAGAUGAUGUGAUCCGCAAAACUAGAAGCCUGAACAAAUUACGGAAGCUAUUUUCGGAGACGUUAAUUCAUUUAAUUCAAAGCUUGUAAAACUGUAACAUUUACUUUUGCCCCUAGCCUAUUCUACAGAUCAUAUGCUUUCGUUUGAUGUAUAAUUCAUUGCCAUAGCAUUUUCUGCCCUAAAGCUAUUGUCAUUUAGACGUAAUCUUUUGUACCCUAUUUUCUACUAUAACUCCCCAGUUCUGGACAUGAUUGUAUUUUUCUAAUUAUUGAACGUUGUGGUCCGCUUAGUCAUCUAUUUAUUCAUGUAACUUUUCACCGUAAUCUGAAUUGGGAAUUCGAGUGCUAGAUCGGGUUGGAAUAAAGUGAUUAGUGUUCCGUCUGUCUUGUCUUCUCUCUCUCUUUCGUGCUUGCCAGCCAAUCAGGGACAGAAUAGUUUUCGUCUCUCUACCCCUAUUUCGAACUCACGCAUAUUGGCCUCAAGGUUAAGCCAGUCAAUCUAUCGUGUCAAGGUCUUAAUCUACAUUAUACUCGGCACUAAGUGGGUACACAGAUUCAAGGACGUAACACCGGUCUUCUCCCUACAGCAUCGAUUAAGGAUGAGUAACUUAAGUACUCACAUGAUUUUAGUUUGAUUGUAGACAAGGUUUAUGUGGGGAUCUGCUAACUUCAAUUUCAUAAAAGGCACAAGUAGGCAAAGUCGUGUAUAAUAAAUGAGAUAUAGGGUUGCAUUGUUUGUUUCAUAUCUAGCUUACAACGCAGUAUCAAGUUUAUAGUAUGUUAUGUGUGAUUACUGUAUUUCGAACUGCAUCUACUUUUAUCAGACUUGUAGGUAUAAGCAUCUAUAUACUCAUCGUUUCAUUAUAUUAUCAAGCGUUUAAUGUACUCUGUUGAUGAAAAUUUAUUCCAGACUUUCAAUAAUCACCAUAUAUCUAUACCAAAUG